AUGGCGUCGAAAGAUGAACAGGAGAUCGUCCAAAAUUCCAUGACCGAAGAUGAUCCCAAUGGAAACAGUUCUUUAGUUAUAGAACAAAAAGCACCGAGAUGGGGCCCACAGCACGCUGGGGCGAAAGAAUUGGCCAGUUUAUACACCGGAGGAAAACGGCUUCAGGAGAUAAUCUGCCUUGUGAUAAGUAUCUGCCUAAUGCUGUUCAACUUCACACAUCUCUGUCUGCAUUUUCAACUGGAAAAUUGGAUUGUUGUUUUGGGGGCAGCUUUGUUGGGGAUAUUGUCUGCUGACUUUCUGAGCGGACUGGUCCACUGGGGAGCAGAUACGUGGGGUUCUGUGGAGCUACCUGUACUAGGCAAAAAUUUCAUUCGUCCAUUCCGGGAACAUCAUAUAGACCCAACAGCAAUUACCCGCCAUGACUUUGUGGAGACAAAUGGAGAUAAUUUUGCUGUCACAAUUCCAUCAUUAUUAAGCAUGGCUUACAGAUUUUUGACUUCUAGCCCAGAGCAAAUACAAGAUAACUACUGUUGGGAGUCUUACGUUUUUCUUUUGGCUAUGUUUGUCAGCAUGACAAACCAGUUUCAUAAAUGGUCUCACACUUACUUUGGGCUGCCUAGGUAUAUCACCAUAUUUCAGGACCUGCACAUUAUCCUUCCUCGUCGGCACCAUCGGAUUCACCAUGUGGCCCCCCAUGAGACUUACUUCUGUAUUACAACAGGCUGGCUCAAUUACCCACUGGAGAAACUUCGCUUCUGGACCUUGUUAGAGAGUGUUAUAGAGUAUGUCUCAGGCUACAAACCCCGAGCUGAUGAUUUCAAGUGGGCACAGAAGUCUGAUUAAUGCUUUUGCUUAGUAACAAAAAAUAUAUAUCGAUAUUGAUUUUAAAAUUCUGAAUUACAGCCAGUUUUUCCAAUGCCUGAUACUGUGGAUAAAUCAGUCCAUUUUUUUCAAAUUGAAUGGCUUUUGCCAUUUGUAUCAAAUCACAGAAUUUGUUCUCUUGUACCAAAAACUGUUGCUGUGUUGAUCAGCCUGUGACAAGAUCUUAGAAGAGAGGUUUUAUACAUUAUUAUUUGAGCAUGUCAAUAACAUAUUGUAUGUUUAAGUCCGUUGAUUAUGAUCAACAAAGAGUUUUGAUGUUGAAAAAUGCUAAUUGUGGAAUUAAUUUAUCCUGUUCAUACAUGGACAAAUGAUGUCACACCAAUGGCUAAUCUCAGGUAUAUUAUUAAAUGUGUGGAAAAGAGUGUUUUAAUUUAUUGACAUCUUGCAUCACAAAGUCAACCCACAAAUGCAGCAUAUUUAAUUUUCUACUAGCUUUGAUUUGGUUUAAGUGGUUAUCCUCAUGAUGAUAUACUGUACUAAGUACAUUGUACUAAAGCUAUAUUCUGUAAUACAUAUUGUGCAUUGAACAAAUUGUGUACAUAUUAGGGGUAUCUUAAUUCUUACGAAGUUUGGGCUUUUUCUGUUUUUAAAUACUUAAUAAUCAUGUGCUACCGCAGGUGAUAUAUAUGUAUCAUCAGAAAUUUACUUGUCAUUUUUUGGUGGGCGUGAGAACUUCUUAAAAUGUUAAAACAACCUUUCUGUAAGGUAAUAUUUUCAUUAGAAUGUGUCAGAUUUUACAACAUGUUUUAAAAUGAAAAAUUUUGAGGGUUUGAAAUUUUACUAUAGUUGAGAUUUAUUUAUUUGAUUGGUGUUUUACGCCAUACUCAAGAAUAUUUCAUUCAUUCAAUGGCGGCCAGCAUUAUGGUGGGAGGUAACCGGGCCGGGCCCGGGGGAAACAUACGACCAUUCGCAGGUUGCUGACAGACCUUCCCACAUACGGCUGGAGAGGCAGCCAGUAUGAGCUGGACUUGGAACUCACAGCGGCCACAUUGGUGAGAGGCUCCUGGGUCAUUAUGGUGCACUAGCGCGCUAACCAACCGAGCCACGGAGGCCCCUCAUUGAGAUUUAAAUCAGGAGUUUGUUUUCACUUAUAGUGUGCAUUGUGCUGUGGUAUACUUUAGUUUCUUUCAUUGAUGCUUGCUUUAUUAACGAUUCAUUGUUUGUUAUAGUUCAUCAUUUGCUCAUAUUUUAGAUCUGUAUAUACACACUAAAUAUCUGAUGUUCAUGGAUAGCCUUAAAAAACCUUAUCCCUAGGAUUACGAAGCCAUCUUAGACAUAAUCUUAACUUCAAAACAGUUUACAGUUUUAAAAUUAUGACUUACCAUGGGAAUUUUUAUUUUAAUACCUGUCUUAGACUAAGUUGUCUUAGACUUUCAUGACAAAAUUGAGAAUUAGUGCUUAAGUUCGACAGAUAAGUUCAGGAAUUAUACCACAUGUUAAGAGUAAGUCUGACAGCUGACAGCUUCAUGGUUCUGGGGCCAGGAGAAGUUGUUGUGUGAAGGAUAUAACCACAUUUCAGACCUUCAUGUGAAGUCUGUAUACAUGUAUUCUAACAGGUGAUGUGGUUAUUUACACUGGUGGAUAAACCUGUUUGUACUUUGUUGUUCUACUCUGUUUAUUGUUAUGACUUUGAACACUGAAUUAAAUCAGUGUAAUUCAGUGUUAAAAUUGUCAUGUCAGUUUGUUCGAUUACAGUUGUUGCCACGAUAUGACUGAAAUAUUGCCGUUGUGGCAUUAAACCAAUAUCAUGUAUUGAUUCCAUUACAGCUGUUAGUAUAUUCUUCUGUAUAUUACUUUUUGUCGCGUAUUUUAAUAUGUCCGCGCCCUCGGCCUGAUUCUUUAAAGCUGUUCAAGUUCAUCGUAACUACCAUGGCAGCAGGUAUCCUUAAUAUAGUUUGACAUGGUAAUGUGUGGAAACAGCUGCAAUUUUAUUAGCUGAUGUCUUAGAUUUUUACCCCUGUUCCUAUUGUCAAGAUAGAAUAAUACUCCAAUUGAACAUCAUGCAUGGUGUGGAUAUAACCAUCUGUGGUCAACCAUUGUAACCCAGCUGUUCAAGUUUUUGCUUUGAAAAAUGGCAUUUCUAAAUGCAGUUCUUGAAUUGAUGGAAUUACGUUGACUGAGUCAUAAGAUAUCAAAUUCCAGUUGAAAUACUGAGCUAGCCUCUCGCCAGUGCGGUAACUGAGAGUUCAAGUCCAGUUUAUGCUGGCUUCCUCUCCAGUCGUACAUGGAAAGGUCUUGCAGCAACCUAUGGAUGGUCAUGGGUGUUCACCCAAGUUCUGUAAGGUUUCCUCUCCCCCCCCCCCCCAUAUUGCUGGCCACCCUUGUGUAAUACUCCCUUAUAUUCCUGGGUAUGGCUUUAAACACCAAUCAAAUAACUAAAUAGACAUCAAAGAAAUCUGAAUGAUUGCAAAAGUGUUUUGAACAUGUUACAUUGUUGUAAAUGUGUGUGGACUAGUUACUGAUAAUCAUAAUCUGCUCACAGUUUGUAAGUAGUUGUUUAUGAAUUGCGUAGAAAAUUUAAGUGUGGGCUUUCCAUAAAAAAAAGCAAACUAAUUGUUAAAAAUAGUCAGGUGAUAUCCAAGAUGUUAAGGUAUCAGGUUUAUGUUGACAAGAAAGUCUACAUCAGUAUAUAUAUAAAUAUAUACAUAUAUAGAAGAUUAGGAUUUUUUAAAAAAAGGCGUUGUUUUCGUCCACUUUGCUUUGUGCCUUUGUAACCCCAGCCAUUUGGACUUAGUAGAGUCAGGCGUCCAGACACGAAUAGUGUUGAAAAGCAGACCAAUUUAGGUUGAUACAUAUAUGUAUGUUAUUGCUUCAAGCCUGCCUUGAUGCUGCCAGAUCCCUGUCAUGCACAUUGUUCCUGUCAUCCGAGAAACCGUUAAGUGAACUGCGAAUUAAAUUCAUGCUGGCCAAGGUAGUCUCUGAUCGAAAAAUAUGGUUGAAAAAGGGGAUGCCUCCUUUGUUGUUUCCAGCAUAUUGUUCCCCAUUUUGUUCAGUUGAUAUAUUUAUCUCUGUAAUUCACUGUAGGUUGAUCUUCUUAUUUUGUUUAGUGUUUUACAUGUAUUGCAUAUUUCUGUUGAUGUCUGAUGAUUUUCUUCGAUUGCUCAACCGUGUAAUACGCAUAGAGUUUAAAUGUAGUUUACAGUACAUGCAUGCAGCUCUGUGACAGUAUUCUUGUAGGCUACAGUUAGACAUUUCGUCUUCGAAACUGAUUAUAUUUUAUGUCUUUUUGAGUUGCUGAACAAAUUUUCGUUUAGUUUAAAAAACAGUUGUAUUGUUGCUUAACUAGAAAAGAUGAAAAAGAGCAAGAUCGAGCUGAGGAGUUUGAAAGUUUUUCUUAUGGCCCAGGUUUGCAGAAAAUUUGGCGCAAGUUCUUUUUAAGGAGCCAAAAACUAAUUCCAACAACUACAAAAGACAGAGAGCAAUUCUGACAGGCCACAAUGUGAAUUACUAUUUUUGAGCCUAAGAAAUUUUGAGCACCUCUGAACUGUUAUCUAAAGAAAACUUUGAAAAAAUUUCUACUUCAGUAUCAAAAGUAAGCGCUUUGACGAGAGUGCAACAAGUCAGUGAACAGUGUGGAAUAGGCUAAAGAGACUUAUUUUGGGAGGUAGGAAAUUAACGAAGCUGAUAUCAAAGUUAUCAGAAAUGAAUAUAUAUUUAUUGUUCCGGGGCCUAUAGAGGUAAUCUAACAGAUUAUAAGGCUACAAAAAUAGUUGAACAAUUUUUCUUUCUCCCUCACAGCUGCUUAUGCAGAAAUCCUUUGCAAGACUUGGUUGAUGAAGAGCGAUUGAUGGAUGAAACCUUAAUCUUAAAGUGUACAGCACGAAUGAAAAAGAGACACACUUUAAGUGACAAGGGCCUUAGGAAAGGAAGUCCUAUAGGUUUGCUCAUAUGUGUUGUUACGUUUUUACUUAUUUAGUGUCUGCUUGUUCAUUAGUCUUUUUAACACUAACCUUCUAUUGGCUGUGUAUUUUUUUUAAACCCGGCAAGUUUAUAGAGGAUCUAUAAUGUUUACUUGAUAUUUUUGUAGAGAAAAGGAAAAAAAAAAAAAAGUGAUGCCCAAGUAUUUUUGUGAAUGUUCGUGACAUUUGCUCUGAGCUAUGCUAUAUAUACCUCUGCUUGGUGAAUUUUUAAUUGAGGUUUGCGAAAUGUAUACCUACAUGUAUAUUGAAAGGAAUCCAAAUGAAAGUUGAAUUAUGACCGUUUAGGUUGUCGAGGUGUAACUUGUAAUAACCCGUGCCGGUCCAUUCUUGAUACUAGGUGUUAAAGGCCGAUGUAAGUCCAAUAAGGUUACCCAGGAUUACAGUCCAUGUCAUGCGGGACACUAUAACUCAGCAGUUCCCUUAGGUCACAAGCGAGCACAACCGAUGAGGGAUUUGCACUUUUAGGUUAGCUGUGGGGCGGAUUUUCAGAAUUGUGCAAAUAAUCGUAGUGUCCAAAUCAGGGUAUAAUCCAGUAUACAGAUUUAUGUGUUGCCCCCCC